AUGGCUGAAUCUGUUUUUAAAAACGUCGAAAGUGCCGCUCCAAUUGAAGUUUUUCAACUGACUAAGUUGUUUACUGAUUGCCAGAGUCCCAACAAAGUAAAUCUCGGUGUUGGAGCCUACCGAGAUGAAGAUGGAAAACCCUGGGUGCUGCCUGUUGUCCGUGCUGCAGAACUGCAGAUGGCAAAUGAUAAAACCCUCAACCAUGAAUAUUUGCCUGUAGCUGGGUUGCCUGAUUUUAGAGUUGCGGCAAAUCGACUGAUGCUGGGUCCAGAUCAUAAAGCAAUUGUGGAAAAUAGGGUAGAAGGAUUUCAAGCACUUGGAGGAACUGGAGCUUUAAGACUGGCUGCUGCAUUUUUGAAAAAUGUUCUAAAUUUUGACAUUGCAUAUGUGUCAGCUCCAACAUGGGAGAAUCAUAAGGGAGUUUUCAAAUCAGCUGGCUUCUCUGAAAUCAGGGAAUACAGAUACUGGAAUAGUGAAACCCGAGAUCUUAACUUCACUGGCAUGUUAGAAGAUCUUUCGAAUGCCCCACCAAAUGCAGUGAUCAUUCUCCAUGCUGUAGCUCAUAAUCCAACUGGUGUUGAUCUAAACCAGGAACAGUGGAAGCAGAUUUGUUCUCUUUGCAAGGAGAAGAAACUGUUUGUGUUGUUGGACUGUGCCUAUCAAGGCUUUGCUAGCGGCAGCCUGGAUGCUGAUGGUUGGGCCUCUCGCUACUUUGCUGAACAGGACAUUGACCUCUUUAUUGCCCAGUCAUUUUCCAAGAAUUUUGGUUUAUACAAUGAGAGAAUAGGCAACUUGAUUGUUGUUACAAGAGAUCCAAAGAAGCUUCCUGAAAUCCGCAGUCAACUGGAGAUUCAGAUUCGUGUCAUGUGGUCAAAUCCACCCAACCACGGAGGUCGCAUUGUCACUACAGUACUCAACAACAAUGCUUACUUUGAAGACUGGAAAAGUCAGAUUGAGACCAUGGCUAAACGCAUUAUAAAAAUGCGCCAUGAGCUUGUAGAUAACUUGAAAAAGCUCGGUACUCCUGGCAACUGGGAUCACAUUAUCAAGCAGAUUGGAAUGUUCAGUUACACUGGACUGAAUGCAAAACAAGUGGAGUACAUGAAGAGCAAGAAUGUAUUUUUACUGAAUAGUGGGCGCAUCAGCAUGGCAGGAUUGAAUUCUAAGAAUGUAGCUUAUGUUGCUAAAACAAUAGAUGAGGCA